CCGCCUGCGUAGCUAUGUCAGAACAGUAGUGUUGUGUUAGUGUUGUGUUUGUGUUGUUGUUGUGAAGCAGUUUGUUCAGAGUUGUGCCGACAUGCAGAACGUGAUCAACACGGUGAAAGGCACGGCUCUGGGAGUGGCCGAGUUCCUGACUCCCGUGCUGAAGGAGUCUAAGUUCAAAGAGACGGGAGUGAUCACACCAGAGGAGUUUGUAGCAGCUGGAGAUCACCUGGUCCAUCACUGUCCCACAUGGAAGUGGGCCUCUGGAGAAGAAUCCAAAGUGAAGGCCUAUCUGCCGUCAGAUAAACAGUUCCUGCUGACCAGAAACGUUCCUUGUUACAAGCGCUGUAAACAGAUGGAGUACUGUGAUGAGCUGGAGGCCAUCAUAGAGGAGGACGAUGGAGACGGAGGCUGGGUGGACACCUACCACAACUCAACAGGUGUGCUGGGAGUCACAGAUGYUGUCAGAGACAUGUCUUUGGACAACAAUAAGGACCAGAACAUGAACGCUACAUCAGCAGCGUGUUGUGGAGACGAGGACGAUGAGGAUGAAGAUGGUGAAGCAGCAGAUAUGGAAGAGUAUGAGGAGAGUGGGUUGUUGGAAACAGACGAGGCCACCCUGGACACCAGUAAGGUGGUGGACUCUAAAGUCAAAGCUGAAGCAGGGACAGAGGAUGCCAUCCUGCAGACUAGGACCUAUGACCUCUACAUCACCUACGAUAAAUACUACCAGACCCCCCGACUCUGGCUCUUUGGAUACGAUGAGGACAGACAGCCCCUGACUGUGGACCAGAUGUAUGAGGACAUCAGUCAGGACCACGUGAAGAAGACCGUCACAAUCGAGAACCACCCCCACCUCCCCCCACCGGCCAUGUGCUCCGUACAUCCCUGCAGACACGCUGAAGUCAUGAAGAAGAUCAUUGAGACYGUGGCUGAAGGAGGAGGAGAGCUGGGAGUCCACAUGUACCUUCUGAUCUUCCUGAAGUUUGUUCAGGCUGUUAUUCCCACGAUAGAGUACGACUACACCAGACACUUCACCAUGUAGCUCCAGCAGCUAGCACAGCUUCGGCUGAGAGCCUCGGCUGAUGACGGUGUGAUGGAGGGUCYAGCUGAAGCAGCUUGAAGCUCAUUAACAACUUGCUGUCUUGUUUUCCUGAUGUACAUUUAUCAAUAAAGUUUCCAGAAUAUGAACUGAA